AUUAUUUCCAUUUUACUCAGCAAAUCGAAAGAACGAACCGCGCUUCCUCCCUCACCAGAAGAAGAAAAAGGAAGAAGAAACUCAACAAUCCGCGAAGAACAGACGCGAACUGCGAUUCAAUUCCCAGAGAAAAAUGUCGUGGCAAACGUAUGUGGAUGACCAUUUGAUGUGCGACAUCGAUGGCCAAGGCCAGCACCUCACCGCCUCUGCCAUUGUCGGCCAUGAUGGCAGCGUCUGGGCUCAGAGCUCUUCAUUUCCUCAGUUCAAGCCUCAGGAGAUCACUGGUAUCAUGAAGGAUUUUGAUGAACCGGGUCAUCUUGCACCUACUGGAUUACACCUUGGAGGUACAAAGUACAUGGUAAUCCAAGGAGAGCCUGGAGCGGUCAUCCGUGGAAAAAAGGGGUCUGGAGGAAUUACCAUAAAGAAGACUGGUCAAGCUCUAGUUUUUGGAAUUUACGAAGAACCUGUUACUCCAGGACAGUGCAACAUGGUCGUUGAGAGGCUGGGGGAUUACCUCGUCGAUCAGGGUCUCUAGGCUUUUAAUCAAGUCCAUCAGGGUUCCCAGUAUCGAAUUUUGGCCUACAAUUAUUCUUUUUCAGAUUUUUUUUUUCUUUUCUUUUUUGUGUUUGUUUGGUUCCCAGUUUGCAUAUGCUUCAUUCUAGAGCCUCAAAAUUGGCAGAGAGAAGUUAUUGCAGACAAUAACCUUCUGAAAGAUAUAAACAGUUGUUUGAUGCUUGGCUUUUGAUUAAUUUUCAUAAAAUAUCUGAAUUUUUCUGAGUA